CGUUUGUAAACUAUCGUCUACUUGGUGUGCUUAACGUAGCACAACACCGUUGCCCUUGCGCCGCAAAGCAUCGUCAAGCAGCGAAGCCUAGCCGAAGGCAAUCUCCUUCGCCAUGGCCCUCAGCUGCCACCGUCAGACCGGCGCUUGCCGCCCCGCAGCGCGCUCCUCCCGCCGCGCAGCCCCGCGGCCAUCCACCGCCGUCGUUGCUGCGACCGCCUCAGCGGUCCCCGCUUCGAAGCUUAUCGAUGGCAAGGGCAUCGCCGAAACCAUCCGCUCCGAAAUCGCCAAGGAGGUUGCUGUCAUGAAGCAGCAGCACGGCUUGACUCCGGGUCUGGCGGUGGUGCUGGUGGGCAGCCGCAAGGACAGCGAGACCUACGUUCGCAGCAAGAAGAAGGCGUGCGCCGAGGUGGGGUUCGACUCGUACGGCAGCGACCUGCCUGCUGACGUGUCGGAGGAGGAGGUGCUCAAGGUGGUUGAGGCCUACAACGCCGACCCACGGGUCCACGGCAUCCUGGUUCAGCUGCCGCUGCCCAAGCACAUCUCCGAGAAGCGCAUCCUGGACGCCAUCAGCAUCGAGAAGGACGUGGACGGCUUCCACCCGCUCAACAUCGGCAGCCUGGCCAUGCGGGGGCGCGACCCGCUCUUCGUGCCCUGCACGCCCAAGGGCUGCAUCGAGCUCCUGGAGCGCUGCAAGGUGCCCAUCUCCGGUCGCAAGGCCUGCGUCAUCGGGCGCUCCAACAUCGUGGGCAUGCCUGCCGCGCUGCUGCUGCAGCGCCGCGACGCAACCGUAACCAUGGUGCACUCCAAGACCCCCGACGGCCAGCGCAUCUGCGCCGAGGCGGACAUCGUGAUUGCCGCCUGCGGUGUGGCGGAGAUGGUAACAGGCGACUGGAUCAAGCCGGGAGCGGUGGUGAUUGAUGUGGGGAUCAACGCCAAGGAUGACCCCACCGCCAAGAAGGGAUAUCGGUUGGUGGGAGAUGUGGAGUUUGAGAGCGCGGCCGCCAAGGCGUCGCUGAUCACGCCGGUGCCGGGCGGUGUGGGUCCGAUGACGAUUGCGAUGCUGCUGCAGAACACGUUGGAAAGCGCGCGGAGGGCGGUGACGGGGGAGAAGGUGGCGGGGCAUUGAUGGGGAGGAAUAGGGAGAGGAGGAUGAGCUUGAGGGGCUGGGUGUUGGGAAGAAGAGCGGGAGCGGGAGGUUCUAGGGAUAUGGGAUUUGGUUGUCGUGCGGGGAUUGUAAGCGUAGUAUACGUUAUGCUGUGUGGAUGUUGGGGCGAUGAUUUUUGGUAGGGUGAGAGAGAAUGAGGCGUGCGGAGCAGAGGCGGCAUACGCAAUGUAGCGCAACGAUACUGCGUGCGAAUUGAUAUUGAAGAGUUGUUGGCUGUCGGUCGGGAGCCGAGCGGUGUGACAUGAGCACUUUUCGCCGGGGUCGGGAGCUCGGACAUGUCACUCAACCUCUGUUGUUGGCGUGGCAGCUCUGCCCACAUUGCAAAUGAGCGCGUCAUGUUGUCACGUGUGGAUGCGGGGAACGCGCAUGUGCCUACCAUCUGUACGGCCGCUGCGCCGGUAUCAUGCAUAUGUUAAUAGAAGUAUCA